AAAAAAAAAACCCGGCGCUUAUUUUCACCGCGCGGGGUCCUUGUCACCCGUCAACAAGAGACGAAAACAACGCGGUCAUGAGCGUUUACACAUUUUUAGAAAUAGAUGUCAACGCGCAGGUGGAGGAGCUCCGCGCCUACCUCAAGGAGGUGGGUGCCGAGAUCUCCGUGGAGCGUUCCCCCAAGGGUCUAGAGGAUGACCUCCACAAGAUCAUUGGGGUGUGCGACACCUGCUUCUCGUCCGAGGCCACAGAAGUGGAGGUCGAGGCGCUUCUCAACUCUAUAGUUUCUGUGCUGAUUGUGGUACCAGUCGGAGAAAAGACAGAGAGCCUCAUCCUAGCUUUCUGUGAGAAGUUGGCCAAGGCUCCCUCCAACAGAUUAGGCAGCGUCUGUCUCCGAGUAUUGAACCUCCUGUUCCACGCCCUCCCCGAGAACCUUGGCGUUCGAUACCAUGUCUACUACACGAUGGUGCAGGUCUCGGGCCAAAUCGGGCAGAUCACAGCCGUAUUCCAGUCCUGUGAGAAGAUGCGCACCACACUAAACACUGCCCAGCCCCCACCCUCCACCGAACAGAUGCAACAGCUUCUUCGCUUGAUGCAUCAGACACUUAUUGCAAACAAGCACAGCGAAGAAGCCAGCAAAGUGAUGAUUGAGCUGCUGGGAACCUACACAACUGAGAACGCCUCACAGGCUCGUGAAGAUGCCCAUCGCUGUAUCAUCGCCUCCCUGGCUGACCCAACCACAUACAUCAUGGAUCACCUCCUCACUCUCAAGCCUGUAAAAUUCCUGGAGGGAGAACUCAUCCACGACCUCUUGACGAUCUUUGUGUCGGAGAAGCUGCCCGGCUACAUUCACUUCUACAACAACCACAAAGAGUUCAUCUCGUCCAUUGGUCUGGACCAUGAUGCCAAUGUCCGCAAAAUGAGGCUGUUGACCUUCAUCCAGAUGGCAGAAAACCAGACAGAAAUGACCUUCGACACACUUAUGCAAGAGCUUCAGCUUAAUGUAGAUGACGUUGAAGGAUUCAUCAUCGAAGCUUUGAAGACCAAGCUCGUGAGUGCCCGCAUGGAUCAAAACCAGUGCAAGGUCUUCGUAACCUCAAGGGUCCACCGCACAUUCGGCAGGAACCAGUGGCAGGCCCUACACGACACACUUACUGGCUGGAAGUUGCAGCUUGGUAUGGUCAAGGAAUCGAUGCAGGCUAUUGUCUCAGCGCCUAUUGUUCCUGCCAAGUAACGCCACUGCGGAAGUCAACUCGGACGUUAUUAUUUUUUAUUUCAUUAUCAGUGGCCUCCAAUCAAUAAAGAAAACAACUUUGGUAUUA